AAGGACCGUACGUCCCUCGCUGUGGAAAGAGUGUAUCACUUCGACUAUCACCAUCUUGAGUCCUCCUAGGCACUAUGAAAACGAAUACUUAUUUACAAAUGUAAAGGAAAACCCCACUGAGGACGAAUACAUUUGGGAACAAACUUUUGGAAUUUCUUGCAAACUUGGGACCCUGCCUGUUAUAAAGUUUUAUUAUACAGUUUUUAUAUUUCACGAUCAGACAGAAUGUACUCCCACAAUCUGGUCCUUUUUGUACUGUUAUAUUCCCUCACCUUGCUGCUGACGAUGAUGUGCGUCUCGCCAGCCUCAGCGCAGAACUCGAAUGGUCCGAGGUGGCUUAUAGGGGACAGGGAGAGCCACUGUGCCACUGUCUGCUCCAAGACCCAUGGCAAACCUGUGUGUGGUUCAGACGGACGCAGUUAUGAUACCAGCUGUGACCUACAGAGGGCGAAAUGCAAGGACCACACUCUUAGCCUUGCCCACAGGGGGAGAUGCAAAGGAAAAAACUUUGUGAGAAUAGAUCAACCUCCCAUCCUCCCAGCACCUACACUUGCUUCAGAGAGCAAAGGGGUGGAAUUGAAAGAAACAGGCCAAUCCAAAUGUCGACUGGAAAGGAGCCAGGCUUUGGAGCAGGCUAAGAGGCCACAGGAAUCUAUUUUUACUCCACAAUGCAAUGAUGAUGGAACAUUUGCACAGGUCCAAUGUCACACACUCACAGGGUACUGCUGGUGCGUGACAACAGAUGGCAAGCCAGUCAGCGGUUCUUCUGUCCAGAACAAAACGCCAGUGUGCUCAGGAAACUUCCGUGAAUUUAUGGGAACUCAAGCUGGGACGAGUGGAUUAUCAGGGUCAGUAACCGAUAAGCCACCAGGACCUCCUAGUUCUGGCAGAAAAGUCUCUUUCCGUUUCUUUCUCACCCUCAAUCCAGACGAUGGCUCCAAGCCCACUCCCACUAUGGAGACACAUGUUGUGCCAGAAGGUGAGGAGAUUACAGCCCCCACAUUAUGGAUAAAGCAACUGGUUUACAAAGAACCCAAGCAAAACAGUACCAACAGUAAAAAAACAGAGAAGAUACCUUCUUGUGACCAGGAGAGGCAGAGUGCUCUGGACGAGGCUCGUCAGAACCCACGGGAGGCCAUCUUUAUCCCUGACUGUGGCCUGCUGGGCCUCUACAAACCUGUCCAGUGCCACCAGUCCACUGGUUACUGCUGGUGUGUGCUGGUAGACACUGGACGACCCAUACCUGGAACCUCUGCAAGAUAUAAGAAACCAGAAUGUGACAGUGCAGCUCGUUCUCGAGUCUCAGAGAUGGAGGAUCCUUUCAGAGACAGAGAUCUGACAGGGUGUCCAGAGGGAAAGAAAGUGGAAUUCAUAACCAGUUUGUUGGAUGCCCUUACUACUGACAUGGUACAAGCUAUCAACUCACCAGCCCCCUCUGGUGGUGGGAGGUUUGUUGAGCCUAACCCAAGCCACACACUGGAGGAACGGGUGGUUCAUUGGUAUUUUGCCCAGCUGGAUAACAAUCGCAGUCACGACAUCAACAAGAAGGAGAUGAAACCCUUUAAACGCUAUGUGAAGAAAAAAGCCAAACCCAAACGAUGUGCCCGCAAGUUUACAGACUACUGCGACCUCAACAAGGACAAGACUAUCUCUCUUCAAGAACUCAAAGGGUGCCUAGGAGUCAAUAAAGAGGGUAGUACUACAAGCAGCAGCAGUCAGGGUGCAAGGCAAGGGACCAAUUUGUUCAUAGGUCGUCUGGUUUGAAGACUGAAAGUUCCAGAAGAUGAGGCAGUUUUGCAAAGCACUGUGGGAAGGCAUCUGUUCACUGCUGGGGGAGUACAAGGAAGGAUUCUGAUAAAUAAUUGCGAGGUUCCUGAAGAAAAGUCAAACGAUGAUAAAUGAUAACAAGGAACCAAAAUAUUUGCACUUUCUCAUCCCAUUGUUAGACAUUUUACUAUGUCCUUGUUUGUGUUUUAUUAAAUGUUUUAUUAAUAUGACAAAAAUGUACAGUAUGUGAGAGAGCACAGACUAAGUGUGAAUGACUACCUGCUACCAUCCACAUCCAUGCUCACCGCCAACUCAAUCAGUAUUAUAUAGUUGUGUUUAAUGAGACUUUUUAAAUGGGAAAUUCAAAAAAUCCAAGUUAAAAAACUAAUUUAAAAUCAAUCAAACACUCCUUCAGUUGAUAUUUGGUUGUCCAGAAAUGCGGUUUUGCAGUUGUUUUUGUAAAUGUCCACUCAACCAGUUUGUAUACCCUUCUGUUAACCUUGGCAACAGAACUAAUGGAGCAUUGAUUGUGAACAAGAAUUGGAGCGAAAUCGUUUCUGUCAACAAACAUUAGCUACGGUCUCCCAGACCUGCACCUCAGGACACUAGUAAUAUUUACCGAACCAUCGCCUGAGAAUGAGCCGUGAGUUCCACAUGAUUUAUUCAGAAGUCAGAGGUCAAAAACACUAUCACCCAAAAUUAGUUUUGUAAAUGUUACACAACACUUCGCUAAGCUUCACUUAAUGAAAUUAAUUAUUCAGUGGGUACAUUUUGCGUGAGAUAUUACUGCUUUUUACAAUCCUUUAAUGAAAUCCUAUUCUUUCCUAAGAGAUUAACUUAUGAUCAAUAUCUCUCUUCUGCAUAAAAGGUUUAUAGCAUUCAUAAGAAGUAAUGUAGCUAUCUCAUUUACCGUAUGCUAAUCAGAAAGUGUCAUAGUUCAAUCGUAAUACAGCACAGUACUUCUGUACCUGGUAUACUGAUACCAUGGGAUAUGCCUGUAAAUAUUGUAAUAAUUUGUACCACCUUACAGCAUGUACAUGGAAAAUACUGUGGUAUUGCAAUACAUCUGGCGUCACAGUACCCUGUGUGAGGGUAGGCCUUCAUUUUGAGGCUCAGGUCCUGAAACAAACAUACUUGCAAACUGCUUUUUUGUAUUUCUUAAGGUAUGUUGCAUACCUUUACACUUCACUUGGUUUUUCGCCCCGUUUGAAAAUGUUAGCUGGAAUAUUUGAUUUAACAUUUUUUUUCAGUGAUAUUUAUGCUGUAAGAGCAAAAUAAAAAAGACAUAAAUCAACAUUGAAUGUUAAGACAGUGACCCAUUCAGUGAGUUUUGGAAAGAAUUUUCACUCAUCCAUUAUUAAAUAUAGAUACAUAUAUUUACUCUGAAUGUUAAUGACAUUAUCUUUCUGCUUUAGGAAGGAUGUGGUUUGUUGGUCUUCAUGUGUGGUUGUUUGUUUGUUUGUAAUCAUGUAUGUGUUAAUGUGUAAGGAAGAUUUUAGAUUUUUUUUGCUUAUGGACAUACUUGGAAGCCUUUAUUUUGGCUCAAAAAGUAAAGUGUCAAGUUGUGAAUAUUUAUCAUCAUACUGUGUGUGCUUUUGGGCUGUUCACAAAGUCUUAAACUCUUUUAGUGUCAACAUCAAUUAGAAUAUAUUUUAGAGUAAAGUUUCUAAGUAGCCUGUUGCAUCAUAAAAUUGCUGUUUGUGAAGUCUGUUAAUCACAAUGUAAAAAUGACAACCAGUGACAAUACACAUUUAA